UUUGUGACAUGCUGUUAUUCUUUGUUGACAAUGUAACAUGAUCUAUUUUUGAUUUUAGCAUUUGAGACUUGUGCACUUGUUCAUUGACAUUUUUUUGUUUAAUAAUUAAUAAUAAUAAAUAGCUAGUGUAUUGUAAAUGUCGUUGAUAUUCAUGUCAUGUUUUUAAAAUUGAUAAAAAACAAGUAAAUCAGAUAUUUUAACCAGGAAAUAGAGGAAAUAAUAAAAUUAUUUAAAAAAAAAAAAAGACAAGACACAAAGGUAGUGUGAUUAAAUUUAUAAAAAAUGGAUUUUGAAGAGCCUGUCAUUGAAGGCACGUUGAUGUUUCCUCCUCAGGAUAUGCUGGGAAAAUUAAAAAAAACAUGGCACAAGAAAUACUGUCUAUUGUAUAAAGCAAGUAAUUGUGGAAUUGAAAGAUUAGAAGUUUAUGAUAAUAAAGAUGAUUAUGUAAAUCAACAACCACCUCAUAAAAUCAUAACACUUGAAUCAUGUGUUAAAAUAAAACCAAGUAAUCAAUCAAAAAUAUUUAUAGUGGUGACAAAGAAUAAUACUACAAAUAAUACAAACACAUAUUAUUUUGCAUGUUCAAAUGAUAUAGAAAGUAUUGAUUGGAUGACUGCAUUUCAAAAAGUUGCAUUUAAAAAUAAACAAACAAGUUAUCAAAUGAUUGAAGAAGACAAUGAGCUUUAUUAUUCAAGUGAUACCCAGAGUGUAUUUUCAGUGAAACUUGUUGAAACAGAAGCAUCAAAAAGAUGUAAACUUGAAGAAAAAAAUUAUACACUUAUUUUAGCAGAAAGUGACAUUAAAUUAAAAGACAAUGAUGUAGUAUUAUAUGAAUGGCCCUAUAGAUACAUACGUAAAUAUGGAUAUAGUGAUGAUAAAUUUUCAUUUGAAGCAGGAAGAAAAUGUCAAUCUGGUGAGGGUGUAUUUAAUUUUGAACGUAGUAAUCAACAAAUAUUUAGAUGUAUAUCAUCAAAAAUAAAUUCAAUGAAAAAAUUAUUGAGACCAGAAACAACAACAUCAACACCAACACCAACAAUGGAUGAAGCUCAAUAUCAUGCAGCAUUACAUAUGGAACCAGGUUCAAGAUCACCAUUACCACCAACAUCAAUAAAUUCUGAUAAUAGUUUAAUUGACAUUGAUUUUUCAACCUAUUCACAACAAUCAUCAAAACCAUUAACAUUUUUAUCAUCAUGUAAUUUUAGCAUAAAUUCAAAUACAUUUACACGUUCAUCAUCAUCAAUUAUAAAACCAAAACCAGCAAAACCACCAAGAAAAUAUAAUUUAAUUGGUCAUGGUGAUUUAACAAAUGAACAAAGUUAUGCUGAAUUACCUGGUAGUGGUAGUUAUCGUCAGUUAAAUAAUUAUAAACUACCAGAAUUAUUAUGUAGUAAAAAAAAUACAGAAAAUAAUGAAGAUGCUAAAAGUCCAUAUGAUCUUGUUGAAGUUAGAUGUAAUGCAUGGAGAACACUUGGUGUUGAUACUGUUGUACAUGUUGAAAAAGAUAAAAAACAAUUAUCCAAUGAUAUAAAAUUUACAAGAUUAAUUAGUGAUGAUGAUGAUUCAGAUGACAAUACCAAUAACAACAACAAUGACGGUGAUGAUGAUGGUGAAGAUGAUGAUGAUGAUGAUUGUGUUAAAACAAUUGUCAAUGAUAUUAAUGAUGAUGAAGAUAUUAAUAGUGAUGAUAAACAAGUACUUAUUAAUAAUAAAAAUAAUAAUAGUAAUAAUAAUAAUAGUAAUAAUGAUUUAAUGGAACCAUGUGAAACAAUGACAUCAUCAUCAUCAACAUCAACGAUACUACAAGAACGUAUUGCAGUUGAAGCAUCACCAAUUAUUAAUCAUAAUUUAACAAAAUCAGAUUCAAUGGCUGAUUAUGAUCAGUUACAUCAUUUUGGUUCAAUUUAUAAAUUACAUAAUAAAUCUGGUUCUAGAAAACGUAAUCCAAUUGUUAAUUCAUCAACAAAUAAUAACCAAUCAUCAAAUGGACAACAAAAUUUAACAACAACAAAUGAUGAAACAAAUCAUUCUUGGGCUGAUUAUGCACUUGUUGAUGAAUUAUCAUCAGUUAGACUUGCUGAUGAUAGCAGUAAUGGAUAUGGAGUCAUUAGAAAAAAACCAAAUUCAAGUGGAACUCAGCAAAAAAGUUAUAAUAGUAAUGAUUAUGCCAUUGUUUCGAAACCUAAAAAAGUUUGAAUUGUUAUUAUCAUGCUUUUUUUUAUUUUGUACUAUUUUUAAACAUCACCCUGGUAUUGUGUAAAUUUUAAAAUAAUCCAUGGAUAUUUUAUAUUGAUUUAAAAAAAAAAAAUAAUUGAUGCCUGAAUAUUAUUCAA